AUGUCGCAAAGACCCUCGACAGAGUCAACGUCUAUCGCCUCUCCUGAGCUAUCCGAAAAGGGUGACCCGUCGAGCACUAGACAUAAUAGUUCCGAAGCCUUAGAUGUUUCGUCAGUUCUUGGUGAAGCCGAGAAAAAUACCCCGAAAGACGCCGACCAUUCUUCUACUUCCAAUGUCUCAAACUCUACGCUCGACGAUCCCUACCAAGUUACCCUUGACGCCUCAGAACACCCCCAAAGCGGCCUAUCCACAUUCCGCAAAUGGCUCGCCGUCGUAAUUAUCAGUACCUCAGCUCUCUGUGUGGCUUGUGCUUCAUCAAUCGCGGCCUUCACGGAAGACGCUGUAGCCAAAGAAUUCCACGUCCCACACGAAGUGGCGAUUCUAUCUAUCUCACUCUUCGUUGAAGGUGUCGGUAUUGGGCCUCUGUUUGUAGGCCCGCUUUCCGAAGUUUAUGGCCGGAAUAUCAUAUACCAAGUCUCUUAUACCCUUUUCUUUGCCUUCUCGUGGCCCGUUGCCUUCGCUCCAAAUAUAGCUGUAUAUCUAAUCUUCCGAUUCUUUACUGGUCUAUGUGGCGCCGCCUUUCUCAGCGUUGCCGGAGGCAGCGUGAGUGAUAUGUUCACGGAUGCCACUGUCGCAAACCCCAUGGCCUUCUACACCAUAUCUCCGUUCAUUGGGCCAGUGUUGGGCCCUCUGAUUAGUGGAUUUAUCAACCAGAAUCUGAAUUGGCGCUGGACAUGGCGUAUCGCCCUGAUAUGGGUUUUUGCGCAAUGGAUUGCUUUGCUGUUGUUCGUCCCGGAAACAUACGUUCCAGUGUUGUUAAAGCGAAAAGCCCAAAGAGUUCGAAAAUCCACAGGAAAUACCAAGUAUUACGCUCCACUGGAGAAGGUCAACAGCAGCAUCUUCGGCAAGAUCCUUGUCAGCUGUUAUCGGCCGUUUCAACUCAUUCUGUAUGAUCGAAUGGCACUAUUGCUGGAUGUUUGGAAUGCCCUCAUUCUUGGAAUUCUAUAUCUCACCUUCCAAGCGUUCCCUAUCGUCUUCGAACGCGGCCAUGGAUUCAAUAUGCAGGAAACAGGGCUAUCCUUCUUGGGCAUUGGGUUGGGCAUGUUGAUCGCUAUAUUUACGCAGCCAUUCUGGAAUAGGCGAUUUGCUCGACAGAGCCUUAUCUACGAUGGCAAUCCUCCUCCUGAAGCGCGACUCAUUAUGGGCCAAGUUGGCGCAAUCCUUGUCCCCAUCUCCCUAUACUGGCUUGCCUUCACCACGUACUCCCACGUUCACUGGAUAGCGCCCAUCAUCGCCUCCGUGCCGUUCGGCUCCGGGAUCUACUUUGUCUUCAUGUCGACAUUCACCUACCUUGUCACAGCUUACCGCCCUAUCGCCGCCUCGGCUAUGGCAAGUAAUAGUUCUAUGCGUUCCAUGUUCGCUGCGGUCUUCCCGUUAUUCGCGGGUGCAAUGUACAACCGAUUGGGAACAGUUGGAGCGACCGCACUCCUGGCCGGGCUAACCACUAUUAUGGCCCCUCUGCCCUUCAUCUUCUAUAAGAUUGGUUACAGACUGCGCCAACAGUCUCGGUUCGCAGUCCACUAG